AUCUAGGACAUUGAAAUGGAAAUGUGGCCCGAGCACAAGGACGCGAAAAAUUUCUUCACGACUCCCAUUAAUUCGUUCGACGGCAGUCCUUCGCUGUCCGGAGACAGAACAGCACGUAUUGUUAGCGCAAAAUGCGAUACGCAAUUCGCAAAUUAUAAUCACAUAAACAUGAAACGGACGUGUGUCAGUGUUGUUAUUUUAGGACUUUUUAUAUUAUUUGUCGACUCCCAGUACGCCCAGUCGCCUUGUCCGUCUGUGUUUGAGUACCAGGCCGAUGGGCCUGAAGUGUUUGGGGUGGUGCGGUUGAAGUCAAAUGGGCCAGUGUCCUCCGUCCAUCUUAGAAUUAACUUCACAGUUGCAACGCAUUUAUUUUCUAGUUAUGUCGGUAGAAUAGAACCUAUCGGCAAUGAGCGAGCACUUCUCAACUUCAACCGAGGCGAGCCACUCACGUACCGGGUUCACUUCCCGGUGAUGUCCCCGUUGCCGCGACUGACUCACUUGAUCGUCAAUGGCAACGUGUUAUGCUAUGGGUCUGGAGAUAUACCAGGCCCAAAUCAAUACGUGACAACGAUAAGUCUGGAACACAUGCUGUUCUUGAAAUCUGGUGGCAGUACCGGCUUCAACAAUUUCAACUAUCCGACCAAGAUCCCCGAAGCGAUGGUACACUUCGUCGGCGAGUUUGGGAACAACGCUCAAUUGUACACCAUUAAUGAUAUAGACAACAAUUCGUGGAAUACAAAUUACUACUCCCACGACGUGCCAAACAGCACUCGCCCUACUCCAACUUACGUGCAGCAGACACCGCCACCAGCACAUGAGCCAGAUUAUAAUUACUACUACCAGGAGCCUACUACACAGAUACCGCUGCAGAGGCCGCGACAACCACCACCCGCGCCGCCGCCACCGCCGCAAGUCAUAUCAACCCCAACCAGAACCCAAGAGAUAUCUCCAACAACGCCUGUUCAAUGCGGCGUCAUAGCUGGAGGCAAUGAACGAGUCCCUCUCAUAUUCAACGGGCAGUCGUACUCGCGGGGUGACUGGCCGUGGCUUGUCGCUCUUUAUAGAAGAAAGGAAGGCAGCUUGACCUUCAUCUGUUCUGGAACUUUAGUCUCAGAUCGACAUGUUGUUACUGCUGCUCACUGCAUGCAACAAAAGAGCAAAAUAUCGACGAUUAAAGACAUUGUAGUCAAAGUAGGAGUAUACAAUUUGGAAGAUUGGGGAGAUGACAUCAGUGUUACUAGGACGCUCACUUCCGCUAACAUACACGAAUCGUAUAACGCUGCAACCUUAGAGAAUGAUAUCUUAGUGGUAACAUUUGAGAAAAAAGUUGAAUUUAACACUUAUAUCCGGCCUGCGUGUCUCUGGAAUGGAAAUACCGAUCUAACCAGGAUCGUUGGAGCUUCUGGUGUGGUGGCUGGUUGGGGUACCAGUGAGUUAGGCCCGAGCGGUCAAGGGGAACCACGUAUGGUUCGAAUCCCAGUUGUGAGCACGGCGCAGUGCAGAGCGAGCAAACCAGAGUUCCACAAAUUAACUUCUGCUAAGACGCUAUGUGCAGGUGAUCGCAAAGGCUCAGGUCCAUGCACCGGGGAUUCCGGAGGAGGUCUUUAUAUUCUGGAUGGAGGACGUUGGAGAAUUCGCGGAGUGGUCUCCCUUUCUCUUCGACCUCAAAACGGAGAUAACACUUGUAACUUAAAUGAGUACAUUGUCUUCACAGACACAGCACAGUAUCUUCCCUGGAUGAGAAAUAUAAUGUCGAAAAACUUGUAUGAUUAAUUAAUGACUGAUAUAAACUUAUAGAACAAGAAAAGGUACUUAUUAUUAGCGCAGGAGGCAUAAUAGGAUAUAAGUAUACUUAUUCAUCUUCAGAGACUGGACGACAAUAAAUUAGUGUUAAGAUGGAAAA